CGGCGGCGGCGGGUGGUUCCGGCGCGCGCCUGGGGCGGCGGCGCGCGGCAGGAGACCGUUGGUGUUUGCGUUGGCCGUAGUGGACGGGGCCGUGGACACCAUGCAGCUGACCGUGAAGGCGCUCCAGGGCCGGGAGUGUAGCCUACAGGUGGCGGAGGACGAGCUAGUGUCUACACUGAAGCACCUGGUCUCGGAUAAGCUGAAUGUCCCUGUGCGCCAGCAACGUCUGCUGUUCAAGGGCAAGGCCCUAGCAGAUGAGAAACGACUGUCAGAUUACAACAUUGGGCCCAAUUCUAAGCUCAACCUAGUUGUUAAGCCUUUGGAGAAGGUACUACUGGAAGAAGGGUCUACCCACAGACUGGUCGACUCCCCAGCCACCCCCAUCUGGCAGCUGAUCUCCAAAGUCCUGGCCCGUCACUUCAGUGUAGCAGAUGCUGGCAGGGUCCUGGAACAACUACAGCGGGAUUAUGACAGGUCCUUGAGCCGCCUAACACUGGAUGACAUCGAACGUUUGGCCAGCCGCUUUCUACACCCUGAAGUGACUGAAGCUAUGGAAAAGGGGUUCUGCAAAUAGCAUUCUGGGAUUGUGGGGAGAAAUCCCAAGUCAGGCCACAGCUGCAUGUUGCAUUAAAUGUGUUCUCAUGUCGCA